GAUCUUACGUUGGAUGAUAACGAAUUGGUUGGCGUUAUUAACGAGGAGGCGAAAAAAUUGAUCAAGCGAUUCGUUGAAGGACCAGAGGAUUUAGAUAUUGUCCCUAUUGUUGGCAUGGUCGGACUUGGCAAAACCACACUCGCACGAAAAGUCUACGAUGAUUCUCAAAUUUCAUGCGAGUUUCCCAACAGGAUUUGGAUUGAUGUUGGCCAAUCAUACGACAAAAAGGAUAUACUUCCUAAUAUUCUCAGAGCGCUUAAAAAAGACAGCAUCGAAGAAAAUCGAGAUAAGGAUGUGAACGAAAUAGCUGGUAGAUGUUUCAUUGUCUUGGACGAAGUCUGGGGGACAGAAGUUGUAGAUCCUGUCAAGAACUUUUUUGCAGAGAAAAAAAAUGGCCAUCGAAUCAUGAUGACCACUCGCAUAGAAAACGUGGCAACUAGUGCUAAUAAGGAUCCUCAUUACCUGGAAUUGCUGACUCUAGAUGAAAGUUUGAAGCUGUUGCAAAAAAAAGUUUAUGGCAGGAGAAGAUGUCCUAUUGUGGCGCUACUACGUAGAGAAAGCAUUGCAAGAAAAUGUAGUGGAUUACCACUUGCAAUAGUAGCAAUUGCAAGAGAAUUACGACGUUGCACUAGCCCAAGUGAUUGGCUAAAAGUUGAGAAAAAUGUGGGGCAUCAUCUUUUAAAUAAAGAUGAUCCAAAAAGUUGCUUGAAAGUAGUAAAGAAGAGUUAUGAUCAUUUGCCCCGCGAAAUGCAAGAGUGCUUCUUGUAUUGUCGUGCUUUUCCUCAAGGCUUUGAUAUCCCUGCUAGGAAAUUAAUUCGCUUGUGGAUGGCUGAAGGCUUAAUAUGGCCAUCCACGCUUGAGAAGACAGCAGAGGAUUAUUUGAACAACCUUGUCGACCGGAACUUGUUGAUAGUGAAGCAGAGGAGUUAUGAUGGUCAAGUAAAAACAUGUCGCAUUCAUGACUUGUUGCAUGAGUUCUGCAAAGAAGAGGCUACUAGGAAAAGGAGUCUUCAGGAUUCUUGUGAGAUGCAACCCUCUGCUCUGCUUAAGUUUCUCUCCACAAAACCAGUCGCAGAGCAUGUUAGAUCUUUCUAUUGUUAUUCCUCAGAACAAACAAGAAUCAACUUGUCUUCUGCUGACAUCCAACUCUUCCGGAGUGCAUUUCCAUUAAUCAGGGUCUUGGACAUUGAAUGCCUGAAAAUUCCUUUCUCCGGGGGUUUUCAUCGCCUAAUUCAUUUGAGGUAUCUCGCUAUUUCAGGUGACUUCACAGGCCUCCCUGAAUUUUUUGGUAAAUUCAAGUGUUUACAAACUCUUAUAGUUAAUACGAGUGCAUCAGAGUCCAUUCUUGACAUAAAAGCAGACAUAUGGAGUAUGUUAAAGUUGAGGCAUCUUCACUCCAAUAUCCCUGUAAUAUUGCCGCUUCCUCCUACCCAAACAGGUAAAGAUUCAAGCCUACAAACUCUUUCAAUCGUUGCACCUGAAAGUUGCAAGAGAGAUGUGAUUUCAAAGGCUAGUAAACUCAAAAAGUUGGGUAUUAAAGGGAAUAUGGAGGUUUUAUUUGGAACUAGGGGAAACCUUGAAGGCUUAAACUGCCUGGAAAAUUUGAAACUGUUGAAUGAUGUUAAUCACAUGAGUAGAGCACCUCACCUCCCUCCAUCAUUCUUCAAUUUUUUAGGUACAUUGAAGAAGUUAUCUUUGUCAAGCACAAGGUUUGAUUGGAGUGAGGCUGCAAAAUUGGGGGAGUUGGAAUUCCUUGAGGUGUUAAAAUUGAAAGAAAAUGCAUUCACAGGAGAGUCCUGGAGGCUAGAAACAACACCUUUUUGUCAACUCCAAGUUUUGUGGAUCGAUAAGGCAGACUUGAAAUUUUGGGAGGCUUCAAAAGUUAAUUUUCCAAAACUUAGGAACCUUGUUCUUAAAUCUUGUGAAAAUCUUGAGGCUGUGCCAUAUGAGUUGGCUGGUGUAGGCAGCCUUCAAGAGAUAAUGCUGGAGAACACACAAAAACGUAGAAUCAGCGAAAAAAUGACCCAAAAAAACUAA